AUGAAUAAAUUCUUAAUUAUUACUUUAUUAUCUGUUCUUGCUUUGACCUAUGUAAAUUCAGUAUCGAUUCAGAUCUCUGGAUUAGCAAAGGAAUCUACCAACGCUACAGUAGAGUGCGAACUUUGCGCCUUGACAGUCAAUGCAACCGAAUAUCUCAUUAAGCAUGAAAACUACACUCAAAAACAAGUUGAAGCUGAAUUGAAAAAGAUUUGCACUGUUGUACCAUCAAAUAUGACUAAAGAAUGUGAUUUGUUUAUGUUAAUUGCUGCUCCAGUUAUCACAACUUUUAUUACUAAUAACAAUACAGAGGGUCUUUUCGAUGGUGAGAGCGGUACUGAAUUGUGUGCAAAGUAUCACAUGUGCCCAAAGUCUGAGGAAUACAAGAGUUUGAUAGGUUAUCAAGUGACACCGAUGGAAUUAUGUUGUUUGGCAAGUAGAAUGUUAUGUUUCGUUUUAGUUUACUCUGUGGCUGAAUCUGAUACUCUGUCGCAUUCUUAUAUUUGA